GCAAGCACCCUGAUAGACAGAAAAUACCCGCACGUAGCAGCCCUCGCAAGAGCGAACAUCCCCUCGGCCAAGCCCAGCAGUCGCCUUUCGUACACAUACUCCUGCAGCAACCUUACAGAGCACAUCGCAACGCAAUACAACCCCACUAGCCGGCCCAGAAGGGCCUCAGAACGGAGUUCAAGGAAUAUAACAUCUCUUCCAGAUCCGCCCCUCUCGGCAGCGUUCGGAGGUUUCAAGGAAGGACCCAACACUUCGAAGGGCAAAGGAAAACGGGCCUCGAGAGACAGUGCUGGGAUUGCAACCCCAAAGCACCUGUCGAUACCAACCCACCGCAGAUCCUGGAGUGGAAGAAGUGUAUUAGAACUCGACGCCCCUGAGGAUAGCCCCAAGAAGGCAACCCCCCCACCCCCAUCACCACCGCCGCCACCGCGGCGAACCAACUCAAACCCGCAAGACACACCCCCGAAAUUCGCUACAACACCGCUACUUCGGACCUCUGCUGUUGGCUCGCACCCUCUGCUACCACCUAUCCUGCUACUCCCACCCUCUACCUCAGAUGUUAGCGGCAGCAACUACCUCGACGUAGCCUUAUCAAGAGCCUGUUCCACGUCGAAAAGGUCUGUAGCCUCCAUCCCAUCUACAGUAUCUUCUUUUAACGCCGUUUCCGCAACCAUAAACCCAAUACAUGGCCUCUCACCCACACCGCCACGCUUAGCCAGCCCCCCUGCGGCAGUCUCAGACCAAAGGUGGGGUGGAACAAUCGGUGCUCUUGCCGCGGACAUGAGCGAAGUGUCUAAUUUCACGGAAGGCGAGUUGGAAAUGGAGAUGGCUAGGAUUAGAGACCGGGCUAGAAGGGCCUCUGACGAGCGCCGUUGGAAAAGGAGGGAAGAGGAGCGGAGGAGGGUCGGGGGUCCUUCCUCCUCGAAUUAGUCGGACAUUCUGGACGUGAUUUACUUGUCAAUAUUGGGUGAGCUUGUAUUUAACCAUUUCCCUUUCUUUCUUUCCUUCCUUUCCUUAUCCAGCCCCCCAUUGCGGGUCACCAGUGGCGAUAUCGGUCACCGGACACCCCCAGAACGCAGGUAAACAUGAGGGAUCAACGGGUCCAUCAGAUUCGCAUUCUCCUAGGAUUGCAGAUCGGUUCGCAGUAUUUUAAUUUACUCGGAAAGAUGCUUCUCAAAUCUUUGAUGUCUUUCGGAAUAUGGUGGCUUUGAUAGUUAAAGUCGCUUUCUUUGCUGGUCCUCGUUGCAUCCCUCUCAGGUCCUCGGGUUGUUUAACUUAGAGAUGUAUGAUAUCUCCUCACUUGUUCUUUCGAUGUUUGGUCGGCAGGAUCUCAUCGUUCUCCUUUUCCUUCCUCCUCUCGGCGGAGCAUUACCGUUUAUUCGGUCGGUAGCGUAUAUCAUACAUACAUAGCGAAAUUCAUUCAUUCAUUUUUUCUCC